UUCUUUGCAAGGGGUAAAUUAGGUUGAAUUUCGAUAUUUUUGGAUUCUAUUUCCCAGACUUAUUACCAAACGUUUUCGGGGAUCGGAAACCACUGUAUAACUAUCACAAGGGGGUAGCUUCAGAUGCUAGCAGAGGGGGUAACUGAAUAUGUUAAUUAUUCAGGCCGGGACUAGCAACCAACUUGUGGAUUACACCAAACACGGAGGGAACAACUGCAUGCGCCAAAUCAAGCUGGUUUUCGAGUUUAUACGUCCGGUGUGACGUGACAGAGAGUCCCCCAAAACAGAGAGUACGCUUCCCAUUCAUUUGUACAGUCUCCAAUAACGAAGUGUUAAGCAAGAAAAUGGGCAGAAGGAAAAUGACAAAGAAGAGUGGCAAAGGAUUGGUUGAUAUUGGUAUUCAAAUAGAUAGAUGGAAUGUAGUACGGGAAAAGCUACAAAUUAUGCGACAUCCCGAAGUGGCUAAACUGCUGUUAGAUACGUACUUCAUAUCUACUGGUCUCAGUUCCAAACUGGAUUGUGCUGCUGAUGAAGAAAUUGGUGACACCAGUGGGCAGAUCCCCAAAAAGGAAUUGGUAAGCAAGAAAAUGGGCAGAAGGAAAAUAAAACCAAGAUAUAAGCAGAAUUGCAAAGGAUUGGUUGAUAUAGGUAUUCAAAUAGACAGAUGGAAAGUAGUGCGGGAAAAGCUACAAAUGAUACGACAUCCUGAAGUGGCUAAACUGCUGUUAGAUAUGUACUUCAAAUCUACUGGUCUGAAUUCGGACCCAGAUGAUUCUUCAGAUGAAGAAUAUGGUGACACCAGUGGGCAGUGUCAGUUAAGACAGGACAAUUCUCAGGACCAAAAAGUUAGUGUUCUAGUAUCACUCAGAACAGAUAAUGAUAUUCCGGAUCAAAUAUUGAGUUUCAAAAUAGAUUCAGAUUCUGUUGGCAUGUGUACACGUCAAAAUACGUGUGAAAAAACAGGCACAAUAAUUGUCAGCCAGAGCAAAGAUAUUGAAAAAGAACAUCAUGAUCUUGAGGUUCAUCAGGAUGAGAUAAGUAAGGAAGGAAACAAUGUCCCAGAAAUAGGUAAUGGUCUUAAUGAACAAAGUGAUGGAAAUCUCGAAGCAGAUGAUGAAGUGUUCAAGUCAGGUGGUGGAGAAAGUGGUGAUCUUUAUGAACCAAGUGAUGAAGAUCUUAAAACUGAUGAUGAUGAGUUAAACUCUGGUAGUGAGGGAAGUGAAGGAUAUGCACAAAACAAAAGAAAAAGUAAAAAAUGUGACAAGUUUAUCUUAAAAGGCUCUUAUGAACCUGGAGAUGAAGGAUAUGCACAAGACAAAAGAAAAUGUCAAAAAUGUGGCAAGUUUAUCCCAAAAGGUUCUAAUGUACCUGGAGAUGAAGGAUGUGCACAAGACGAAAGAAAAUGUCGCAAAUGUAUCUCAAAAGACGAAAGAAAAUGUCAAAAAUGCGGCAAGUUUAUCCCAAAAGCAUCAUAUAAGAAGCAUCAAGAAGUGCAGAAAAAAGAAAAGAAAAUGGAAUGCGUAUGCUGCAAAGAAAUUGAAAAAGAACCUCAGAAUCUUGAGGUUCUUCAGGAUGAGAGAAGUGAGGAAGUAAAUGAUGUCCCAGAAAAAGAUAAUGAUUUUAAAGAACAAAACGAUGGAAAUCUCGAAGCAGAUGAUGAAGUUUUCAAGUCCAAAGGUGAGGAGAGUGAUGAUCUUUAUGAACCAAGUGAUGAAGAUCUUGAAACAGAUGAUGAUAGUAGUGAGGGAGGUGAUGAUGCUUAUGAACCGGGAGAUGAAGGAUAUGUACAAAACAAAAGAAAAUGCCAAAAAUGUCACAAGUUUAUUCCAAAGGCAUCAUUUAAGAAGCACCAAGAAGCGCAUAAGAAGAAACAGAAGAUGGAAUGCAUAUACUGUGGUAGUUGUUUUGAAAGCGUGGAGGAAUUCAAUGCACAUGUGCAUGAAACAAAACCUGUCCAUGAAUGUCAGUUCUGUGGAAAUUUCUUUGAACUCUACAGAAAAUUCAAUAAACAUGUCAAAGCGUGCCAAAAAACAAGAGAAAAUGGGACAAUAAGGAAGUCAUUUGUUUGCCAGUUUUGUGGCAAAACUUAUCCUUCUGCAAGAUAUCUCAAGAAACACGAGAAAUGUCACAUAGCUGGAUCAUUUUUUUGUCAGUACUGCCUAAAAGAAUUCGAGUCUGAACGUGCUGCUAAAGCUCAUGAAAAAACACAUGCAGAGGCAAAUAUAUACAUUUGCAAACACUGCGGAAAAGUUUGUGCCAAUAAAAUAAGUUGUAGAGCACAUGAGAAGAUACACUCUGCAGAGGCAGCCAAGGAAUCACAAUACGAUGAAAGUUUUUUAUGCCAAAUUUGUGGCAAGAGCUAUAGCUAUAAAUCUAGUUUGCAGUUACAUAUUAGAUAUCAUACUGGUGAAAGGCCUUACAAAUGUCAGAUUUGCUUAAAGUCCUAUGUUAGUCGUUAUCAUCUCAAACGACAUAUGUUAAUUCACCAAGGCCAGAAACUAAUCAAAUGUAAUUUCUGUGAGAAGUCUUUUCCACGAAAAGAUGCCCAUGUUAGUCAUAUGAGAGUGCACACAGGGGAGAAACCUUACGAAUGUAGCUACUGCCCUGAAGCCUUUUCUCACAAUGUCAGUCGUAAGGCACACGAAAAAGUUCACAGUGACAGAAAAUGUCUGUAGCUUAACUCUCUUUUAUAAUUAAAUUGGCAGUAUGAUAAUUUGCUUUGUAUAUUUUUAUGAAAUGAACAAAUA